GAAAUACGGCGGCGGCCGGCGGCGCUGACGGGCCCGGGCCGCCCCCGCCAGGAUUUGGGUUCUGGAAAGCCCUGUGGCAUGGAGAGCACAUGAAACUGCCCACUGGAAUAUACUGUAAUCAGGAGGAAAGCUCUCAGACUUAAGAUGUCAGUACCUGCUCCGGCCAUCACUGCCACAGCUACUAAAAUGGAGGUGGUUUCAGCAGAAGUGAACAGCUUGCUCCCUGAGGAAAUCAUGGACACCGGCAUAACUCUGGUGGAGGACGACAGCAUCAAGGCUGUUAUCGUGUCGUCGCCCAUGGGGGGAGAGUCCAUUCCCAUGGAAACAGAACUGGAAGAAAUAGUGAACAUAAGCACCACCAGCGACUCCUCAGCCACCACCACAGCCACAGUCACCACGGAAUCGGUUCCUGCGCCCAGCAGCCACUCGGGAGAUGCAGCACUGACCACCACCACAACCCCAAGCCCUGAUGUGAAUGCAGCUGUAAAGCCUGCCUUUCCAGGUGGCCUCCAUAAACUUGGUGCUCAGACCCCUGUCACUAUCUCAGCUAAUCAGAUUAUUCUGAACAAGGCCACUGAUAUUAAAAUAGGCAGUCAGAGUAUUAAACCGGACGGGCAAAAGCUGAUUGUAACAACUUUGGGCAAGUCUGGCCAGCCCAUUGUCUUAGCAUUACCCCACAGCCAGCUCCCGCAGUCGCAGAAGGCCGUGUCCCAAGCCCAGGCUGGAGACUCCAAGGUACAAGGCCAGCAGAUCAAAGUUGUCAUUGGAGGUCGGUCAGAAGUGAAACCUGUUGUGGGUGUCUCAGCUUUGACGCAGGGGAGUCAGCUGAUAAACACUGCGGCCCAGCCCUCUGUCUUGCAGUCCCAGCAAGUAAAAACAGUACAGAUUGCGAAGAAGACUCGAACCCCAACUUCUGGCCCGGUGAUCACCAAGCUGAUAUUUGCAAAACCAAUCAAUAGCAAAGCUGUUACAGGGCAGACCACUCAAGUGUCACCAGUCAUUGCAGGUAGGGUUUUUUCACAGUCUGCUCCAGGGACACCACCAAAGACAAUAACCAUCUCUGAGAGUGGAGUCAUUGGAUCAUCUUUGAGUACAACAACACAACAGACACCGAAUAAAAUAGCUAUCUCACCACUCAAAUCCCCCAACAAGCUAACAGUGGUGUCAGUGGCCUCCCAGCCUCCCAGCUCCCCCCAGAAGACGGUGGGCGUCCCACUGAAUGUAGCGUUAGGACAGCAGAUCCUCACAGUGCAGCAGUCAGCACCCUCCUCCCCUGGGAAAGCCAUAGUCAACCACACAACCACCCAGGCUGUGAAAUCAGCAGUGCAGACCAUUACUGUAGGAGGAGUGGGUACAUCUCAAUUUAAGACAAUUAUUCCCUUGGCAACUGCACCCAAUGUUCAGCAGAUUCAGGUACCUGGGAGCAAGUUCCAUUAUGUCAGACUCGUUACUGCCACAACAGCCAGUAGUUCAACCCAAUCUGCCAGUCAAAAUCCCAGUACGAAUACUCAGCCUCUGCAACAGGCGAAGCCCGUGGUGGUGAACGCGACCCCCGUGCGGAUGUCAGUUCCCAUAGUGCCAGCACAGACUGUGAAACAGGUGGUGCCCAAACCAAUCAACUCAACUUCUCAAAUUGUCACUACCAGUCAGCCCCAGCAAAGACUUAUCAUGCCAGCCACUCCACUGCCACAGAUCCAGCCCAACCUCACCAACCUCCCCCCAGGCACUGUGCUGGCACCAGCCCCUGGCACAGGAAAUGUUGGCUAUGCAGUCCUUCCAGCUCAGUAUGUCACACAGCUCCAACAGUCAUCCUAUGUAUCCAUAGCAAGCAACACUGGCUUCACAGGGACAUCCAGUGUCCAGUCCCAGGCACGGCUGCCAUUUAAUGGAAUAAUUUCUUCUGAGUCUGCAAACCGCCCCAGGAAGCCUUGCAAUUGUACUAAGUCUCUGUGUUUGAAAUUGUAUUGUGACUGUUUUGCAAACGGUGAAUUCUGCAAUAACUGCAACUGUACAAAUUGUUAUAACAACCUGGACCAUGAAAACGAUAGGCAAAAAGCAAUAAAGGCCUGCCUGGACAGAAACCCUGAAGCCUUCAAGCCCAAAAUAGGGAAAGGAAAGGAGGGAGAAUCGGAUCGGAGGCACAGCAAAGGGUGUAACUGUAAGCGCUCGGGAUGUCUCAAAAACUACUGCGAAUGUUAUGAGGCAAAAAUCAUGUGUUCUUCCAUAUGCAAAUGCAUUGGCUGUAAAAAUUUUGAAGAAAGCCCGGAGCGAAAGACAUUGAUGCAUUUAGCAGAUGCUGCAGAGGUCAGGGUGCAGCAGCAGACUGCUGCAAAGACCAAGUUAUCUUCCCAGAUCUCAGACUUGCUGACAAGGCCAGCACCAGCACUCAGCAGUGGUGGUGGGAAGCUGCCCUUCACAUUUGUCACCAAGGAGGUGGCCGAUGCAACCUGUGAAUGCCUCCUGGCCCAGGCAGAGCAGGCGGAGAAGACGGGCAAGUCCAAAGCUGCGGCAGAGCGCAUGAUCCUGGAGGAGUUUGGGCGCUGUCUCAUGAGGGUUAUCAGCUCUGCAGGGAAGUCCAAAGGUGACCCUUGUGCCAUGAACUGCUGACUCGUGCACAUGAGCCACAAUGAAGCGGACUCAACAGAACACUUAAGGCACAGGGACACUUUGGUUUAGCAUAAAGGAUGGAUUUAAUAAUAUUUGUUAAUUUGGUGCUUGUUGUAAAUUGACCCAUGUAAGAUUGAAACGAGAAAUUCUUUUAUAACAAGAUGUAGAGCCUUUUAAAUCUUAGCUAAAUCCUCUUCUAUGUCAGACAAUACCUAAAAGUCAGUUCUUCUUCCCAAUGUACAGCUUUUACCCUGGGUUUCUUAAACAUUAGAUGUGUUCUCUCCUUUCCCCCAGAAUAAUUGUCUGAAGGGCAUAUAUAAAUUAUUAUAAUAUAUAUUAUUUACAGUGUAUGGAUUUGCAUCACUGUGCAUACAGGAAAACACAGGUGAUGUCAACAGCCAGGUCAUGCUUUUGCUGACAGGCCUGUAAUAUGGAGGUACCAGUGUAUCCAAGAGAAUUCUGAAAGGAAAUAGGUAGAAAUAAGCAUCUAAAUGGAAAGUAGUACUUGUAUUUAGGACCUGACACAGCAUGUCCCUGUAGUGCAUGGAGCACUGUGAGAUGCAUAGGCAAUAAUGCAGAGGGGUUGCUUGCAGAUACAGCACUGAGCAAGUGGUGGAGAAUGUUUCUGGAGCAGGGCCCAAGGAGUAUAGAGGUGAAUGGCAUUACAGGGAAUUUUUGAUACGAAUGGGGCAGAGUGCUCAGGUGUUUCUUAAGCUGGAACUUGAAGGCUAAGAGAGUGGCCUGUCCUCAGCAGUGAGGAAGAGCAGGCAUGCCACAAUGCCAGGCUGUCUGCCCAGUGUAGUGUUACCUAAGUGUGUAGCAGAUUGAUGUUGUUGUUUGGGUGAAGCUUGGUUUUUCAGAGGUCUGCAGCAGCCUGAUCCCUCACUGGAAGUAGGGCUGUGCAGUCCCUUGUUUUCUAGGAUCAAGCUGUAACCUUGGGAAAGUGUUUAGGCCUGAGAAGCUGAAGUCACUGGAGAUGACAAUCUGCAUCUGAAUCGACUUGCAAAUGCAGGUAGGGAUCAUGUUCAGCCUGCUGUGGGUAUUCAGGAUGCUGCUGCUCUCCAUGUUGGCAAUUUACUUGGCAUAAGGGCUCUUUUAGUGUUGCUUAGAAUAAUUGUGAGAGCUGUGAUCAGAGAAAGUACUAGCACAGAAUCAGGAUUGCUACAAAACCAGACACAAAUCCUUUUACACUAAAUGGGGGGCAAUCAGCUAUAGCUGGGUACAGACUAAGGCAGGGGAUUUUUUUCAGUAUUUGUUACAGGCAAUAUCAUAUCACAUUUUUGAUAGUGGAACACAUUUGCAGAAUUAACCUGGUGGGUUACUUACCUAUCAUGAACAUCCAUUAACCAUGUUUAAUCACAGGCAUUUUUAUUACCUGUCUCACUGCAGCCUGAACUGCUAUGUUUUUCCAAAAGGGAUUUUGCAUUCCUUCUAUAAAACUGUAAAUACAGAGAAAUGCAGGGCCAGGCUGGGGAGAGGUAGGGGCUAGGCACACCAGCAGCAGAGAUUUGUGCCUCUGUGUGUGAAGGCAGUAGGGUGGGAGGAUGCUUCACCUCCCAGCCCUGUGCACUGCACAGAAGGCCCUUGACCCUUCCCUGGUGCCUCCUUGAAAUGCCUGGGAGGCAUGAAGGGCUUGGGAGGCAGUCAGCAGCAGUGGUGGGCUCACAGACCAGGUCUGACCUGCCUGAAGGGCUCUGUUUGCUAAGGAUAUCUCCCUGAGCACAAAUAGCAAUGUUUGUGCAAAUCUCUGGAACGGGAAACCACCUCUCCUGUAAGUAAAUGCCACAUUUUUUCAUUAUUAGGACUUGGAUUUACUAAAAAAUCAGUGCAGUAACUUUACCUGUAGAUAGUGCAGAUAUUCUGUUCCCUUCUAGUGACCUAAUAUAGUCUGUCCAGUAAGAUUUGUAUAAAUGUAAAUUAGUGUAAGUGAAUAAAGUAAUACCUACUUACGUUAUUUUUCAAACAGAUUGCAAUAUGCCUUUUGUUUAGACUUCAAUCUGUGUUAAUUUUGUAUAUAUUCAGUGUCUUACUCUAAAUUGCACCUUUUGUGAUGUGUAUUUAUAUACAGUGUGCAAAAGCACUUGUGAAAUUCAGAUUACAGUUGUAAUUAUGUAUGAUGGCAUUGCUGGAGAAUAUUUUGCUUGUAAAGACUUUGAAGGUGCAAUCAAAUGCUCUUAGUUCUUCUAUUUUGUUUUGAACAAGCUUUCUCAAAUAUUAAGCUUGGAUUCCUCUCCCCCUUCUCCCUGGUGUAGAGUGUAUGAAUUGGUUUUUGUACUUCCUUAGCCAUUUGCAUCAAACUGCUGGACAAGAUUAACAGUCAAGUUCAUCCAGUUACAUAAAAAAUAAUUGGGAAUGGGGCAAGGAUUCAUUUUAUAGUUCUGUUUACAUCCAAAAGUAGAAAAAUUAAAUUUAUAUUUACAAGACCUAUUCAAAGAAUACACUUUUCUAUAUUGUACAAAUAAAACAGUCAGAUAAAUCACAAAAAAUAAACAUUUAUACUAUUCUGUAAAUAUGAUUUUUUUGCACUCCUUUGCUUCAGCACUGACAAAUAUACACAGGUUUGUCACUGAAAUAUCAAAAUAAAUUGUUAAUACUAGGUCCACUUCUGAUGCAAGUGCUGACUUGGAUUUUCAGUGUGAGACCAAAUGCUACCAGAGAUAAAUAAAUAUCCCUUGGUUACUGGUGUGCUGUCAUGCACAGCAAUCCAUGGCACAGUUCAUAACUACUCAUCUUAGGGCUGGAGGUGGAGACAGUGCAAGUGCUCCAACAUUACAUGAUUGCAACCAAUCUGUCACUGAGAUUUCAGCAGCAUUUUGCCAAAUGUUGUCCCAAAAAUCACAUACAGAGGGGAGGGAAUAAUUUCCUGCAAAGUCUCUUGCAGCUGGAAUGGCUCUGUGACUCUGAUGGCUUCAAUGUGGUUUUUUGCAUAGGUAUUUGGACUGGGGAAAGAAAAGCCCAGAGGUUCUGGUUUGUUCCUCCCAGCAGUGAUUGUAUGAAUUCCUGUGGUGCUGCUGCUCUCAAAGCAGAGCUUGAGGGGUUGGGUGCAGCAGAACUAAGGGAAGGAGGAGAAACCCAAACCAGCCAGGGACAGUUUUGUCAAGUCACUGGUAAGCAGAAUGAUACCUUUAAUAUUAUUACUGCCUAGGAUGUGGCAGAUCCCCAGUUUUCAUCCCAGUUCCAUCAUGGAUCUUGAAAGUGACUGAACAGCGGGCUUUGUGGGAAUUAGUUGCCUUCCAUCUCUAUGGAUGCAACUCCAGUUCUGCAUGGCAAAGGGAAACCCCUUGGCAGCAGUUCUGCCAAACUCUGCUGUUCCAGGCAAAGCACUGGAAUAGCUUCCUGCCAUGGAAAUGAACUACCUCAAGAAGCCUCUCCUGUUUGGUGGUAUCAAAGCUAUGCUUCAAGUGAUCAGUGGAAACAUUGAAACGAGGGUGCCAUGUGCCCUGGGCUGCAGGACACAGGCCAGCCCUGGGAGGAUGGGGCUAUGAAAUGAGAACUGAAAUGCUUGCCCUGCUGCAGCACACCCAUGUAUUCCUGCCCCUGGAGGAGGCUUUUGGUGCUCCUGGAUGCCACUGGACACAACACUCUGGUACAGGCUUAGGACUGAUCCAGAGGAUCUAGACUGGACCAGCAUGUUUAGCUGUUUGAUGGGACAUUGAAAGGAGAUUAGAGCUUGUGUACAGCUUGAGUGCCACUUGCUUCUCACAUCUUUAUUUUCCUAUUUAAGCUUUCCUGCCCCCAGCUUUUAUAAAGCACAUCUUUUUGGUGAGAUCAAAGUGCCAGUGCAUGUGAUUCCCUGCAACCCCAUAAAAUACCAGUUUUCUUCUGGCAAGAGUACUUGCAGCACUAAAACCACCCAGCACUUCCAGGGACA